GAAGGCUGGGCGUAAAAGGCUGUCUCCAAAAGUAACAUCAGCAGAGCUGAAGCCUGGGAACGAGUGGCUUGGUGAGAGCCCAGCAGCCACAAUGCAGCUCUUCCUGCUCCUGUGCCUGGCUCUCCUCAGCCCUCAGGGGAGCCCCUCCCGCCGCUUCCGGGCUAAGAAGAAGCUGCCCAAGGAGCCCCCCAGCAGGGACUUCACCUUCGAACUCUACAGGGCCUUGGCUUCCGCUUCCCCAGGCCAGAACGUCUUCUUCUCUCCCUUGAGCGUGUCUACAAUCCUGGCCAUCCUGUCCGUGGGGGCCAAGGGCAGCACCCAGGCACAGAUCCUGGGGGCCUUGGGCUUCAACCCCCAGCGCCAAGCGAUUACCAAGUUCCACGGUGACUUCCGGCGUCUGCUGGUGGGGCUCACUCAGCACAGAGAGGGUUUUGAGCUGAACCUCGGCAAUGCCCUGUUCGUCAGCAAGGGGCUGGCCAUUGACAACAUCUUCCGAUUGGCCAUCAUGGCCGCGUACCUGGCUGACACUUACUCCAUCAACUUUGAGGACCCUGCAGCAGCCCAGAAGCAGAUCAAUGACUAUGUGGCCAGGCAAACCCAGGGCAGGAUCACAGACCUGAUCCAGAACCUUGACAGCACUGACAUCAUGGUGAUGGUGAAUUACAUUUACUUUAAAGCCAAGUGGGAGAUCGGCUUCAACAACAAAACGACUCAGGCCCAGGACUUCUACAUGACCCCCGAGAAGAAGCUGCAGGUGCCCAUGAUGAACCGCAAGGAUCAGUAUUUCUACUUCCUGGACAAGGACCUCUCCUGCGCGGUGGUGGGCAUCCCCUACGAAGGCAGUGCCAUUGCCUACUUCAUUCUCCCGGGCCAGGGCAAGAUGGAGCAGGUGGAGAACAGCUUGAGCAGGAAAACGCUGCGGAAGUGGACCCAGCUGACCAUGCGAAGGCAGCUCAAUCUUUAUCUUCCCAAGUUCUCCAUUGAGGGCACCUACCACCUGGAGAAAAUCUUCCCGCAGCUGGGCAUCAGGGACAUCUUCACCCACAGUGCUAACCUGUCAGGCAUCUUCAAGUACUCCAACAUCCUGGUGUCUCAGGUGGUGCACAAAGCCAUGGUGGAGGUGGAGGAGUCGGGAACCAGAGCUGUGUCGGGCACAGGGGCGGUCUUCAGCUUCCGAGCAGCCUUUCCAAACUCCAAAACGAUCACCUUCAAUAGACCCUUUCUAAUGGGCAUUCUGGAGAACUCAACCGUCCUCUUCUUUGGCAGAGUGAUGCAGCCCUGAGGUGGGGCCUGUUCUGGCCCCUCUGUCUGCUGGUAGCUAGAGCUUUACCUAGGUUUAGCUGCUAAUAAGUCAAAUGAUCCUAAGAAGAUCAAUAAGCAGAUGACCACAUCCGGCCACACAGUUGCAAGACAUGGGUGCCUCGGAGACACAUCCAAGGUGGGGAUUAUCCCAGGGGCCCAGCGAGUUCAGGGAACUUGCCCAAGUGCAUACAGCAUGCUCUUAACAGCACAGAUGGCCCCAAAGUCCAAGCCUCUGAUGCUCAGCCCAGGGCCCAAAACCCUGUGGGAGGGUACAUUAGCAGCCGAGGGCCACCAGGAAGCACAUUUGCAAGCCCUGUUGCCCAUCUGUGAACAAUGGCAGUUAUCAAUUCAUUGUGGUGUGGAAAGAGAACUGGAGUGGGUGUGCACUGGGGCUAUUGUCCUUGCUCUAACUGGCUCGGAGGCACUGAAGUGACACCGUCUCUCUCGGGACCGCAUGUUUUCAUGUGUAUGGGGAAGGAUCAGGGCAAGGUUCCAUAGGCCCCUUGACAUCACGGACUGGGCCAUUCCAUGCCAGCCCUGGACCAUUUCUGUAGACUCGGGGCCACUCAUGAGUUAAGUGAAGCAGCUGAGCCUCAGGUUGACAUGGGCCCAGUGCAGGACAGUGUCCUCCCAUGAAUCAAGGCAUAAUCUUCCGGGCCUGGCCAACGAGGAGCACGGAGGUCC